GUUAACGCACCGCCACCGCCCCCACCCCCGCACACGAGGGAGAGCGCGAAAACGACGAACCCCCUUUUCCCUCUCUCUCUCUCUCUCUCUCUCUCUAUAUAUAUAUAUAUAUCACGCACACUACACGUAGGGCUUACGUCACCACCGGAAAGUCGCGUGCGAGCAACAGGGUCGAAAGGGGAGAUAGAAGAGAACAACACCCCAAAUCCACGCACUCUUCCUCUCCCCUCCUUAAUUAAACCCUUACCAGAUCCGAUCCCUUCAUCUUCGAAUUCGCACAUUAAUUAGAGAUCGAGGGGGCUAAUUCGCAAAAUUGGUGUGAAUUCGCCGCCGCCGUCGUCGUCGUCGUCGUCGACGAUGAGGGGGGGCCAGGCGUGCGCGGCGUGCAAGCACCAGCGGCGGCGGUGCUGGCCGGGGUGCGCGCUGGCGCGGCACUUCCCGGCGGAGCGCGCGGCGGAGUUCCGGAGCGUGCACCGGCUCUUCGGCGUGAGCAACCUCAUGCGGAUCCACGGCGCGGCGCCGCCGCACCUCCGCGACCACGCCGUGCGCGCCAUGGUCUUCGAGGCCGAGGCGCGGCGCCGCGACCCCGUCCACGGCUGCCUCGGCCUCGUCCGCUCCCUCUCCGCCCGGAUCAACGCCGUCGCCCGCGAGAUCGCCGCCGUCCGCCGCCAGAUCGACCGCCACCGCACCCGCGACGCCUUCGCAACGGGUUUUCCCGAAGAGAUCGGAUGCAGUGGUGCGUUGAUGAAGAGCAUUGUGGUGGGAUCUUCGGAGGCGGCGGAGCCGAGUUUGAGUUCGAGUCCGAGUACUAACUAUUCGAUGACCUUCAAACCGCAUUGCACCGUGGAAGAUGGAGUUGAAACUAGAAACUAUGAGAGAUACUCAGAAGGUUCGGGAACGCGAAGGUGAUGUCAUGCUUGGUGAAGGAAGAAGCCUGCAUGCAUGGAGUUUUCCCUUUUCUAGUUGCUGUAAAAAUCCAUCAUGUAUAUAAUGCAUUAAAAUUCCUAUAGCAUUAGAUGUAACACCAGAUACCAUGAAGGAUUGGAAAAGAAAAAUAGAGAAAGAGGUAAAAGCGGGGAAAUAGCUACAAUUAUCAUAAUAAAAAGUUUCUGUUUUUAA